AUGAAACCCUGUUUGAUCCCACGCUGCGCCUUCUGCCGCUUCAAGGUAGAGGAGGGUGACGAGGUCAUUGUCAUUUCAGAGAGGUUCCGAUUCUCCCGCAAAGUUCUGAUUGAGGGCAUCGGCUAUGUGCCAUGCUCGGACGGGUGCCAGUGCAGCACGUACGAGAGAGCAUUUGGUUGUCACUCCAACUGCCUUGAGCUGGUGCCUUUCAGAUUACGGUCCGCCAUCGCCAAUUCCACCUCCUACCAAUACGAGCCACCCCAAACAGAAGAAGAACGACGGGUUCGCUGGCUUCGAUCCAGUUUGAGCACGAUAUUGUUCAUCACGUUCCAGGGGCGUUUCCCCGGUGAGCUUUGCGAGAAUAUUGCCCAGUACUGCCUGGAGUCAUUUGCGACACGCCAUGCGAUGGCAUUAUCGGAGAAGAUCCAGCAGCCCAGUUCCUAUUUUAUCAGUCUUUCGACAAAGGUUUGGGUACGGUAUACAUUUUUUGAAGGGGCAAGAUAUAUCCGGUCCCUCACAAACGAACAGCCUCCCGACGGCAGCGCCGCAGCUGAGCUGGCUUACGACUCGAGUUCCGUCACGACCGUGUUUGUUGCGGAAGACCAUCUGGGCGUGAGAGACCUUCUCUUCACGUCUUCCUCCGAGAAGCCGGCCAUCUAG